UUCUGAGGGAGGCAGGAUGAGUGGGGGUGAUGAAAAGUCCAAGAUGAGAGACGAUGGCUCUGGAUGAUUACCAGUUCAGUAUCGUGUUGACAAGAACAGUUCACUUGUAAAAUCCCAUGGUCUACUAGCCGCGGCGCAAGAAACGACAGCAACGUAAAAAAGCACCUGCAGCCGACGAAGGAACUGCCAAUUGGUUCUGCGUCACUUCGCAGCUACACCGACUUGAAAACCGCGUCAAAAUCAGCACACCCACACAGCCGACAGGAUGGCGGACUCCGACAUUCAAAUUACGUUCGAUGCGGACAACUAUCCAGUGCAAAAGUAUCGUACUCGUAUUGCAAGCAUGCAUUACAAAUCUUUGGUUAAAGGUAAAUCCGCAUUUCUCAUGCUGAGGAAAUUUGCUUCUCAUGCUGAGGAAAUUUGUCAUGCAUUUAUACGAGUACGAUACUUUUGCAGUUCAUAACAACCACAUCCGGGUCCUGGACCCGGAGAAGUUCAAACAGAUGGAGAACCUAUGAGAGUGCACAACUCCCCCUCCCCCUCAUUUGUAUAGCAUGAACGGCAAUACAAGCACCAGCAAGAGUGCCGGUUUUGCAUGACAAAUUUGCACUGGGGUGUAGUGCUGUUUGGGCUGCCAGAACUUGUCAUGCAGACAGUGCCAUGAGGCAAAGGGUGGAUCUGGAUUGGGUAUUUUGCAUGACAAAUGAGGGUUGGUGGAAAGGUUCUUGAUGAGGUGCAGUCGGGUAUGCAUGACAAAUGAGGGGGAGGGGGAGUUGUGCACUGUCAUAGAACCUGUCCCAGGAGUGUCAAAAUUUCACGGAGAAGAUUCACCAGUUUGGGACCACGGUCCAAACUUUGGUGGAUGUGCUCGACGGGCAGGCGAAGAGGAUCGAGUUUGAGAAGCUGAGGUACUACUUUAGAUUUGGUGGAAGUCGUCCUUUGUGAAGCAGAAAAAUUUUUGAAUCGGAGUUUUUCUGUCCUCUACAAGGUCAACAUCUUCAAGGCUAGUUUUUGCAAUUUCCGGUCAUAUUCACAGGGCAAUCGGACAGAAGAACUUAGCCGAAAUGGAGUCGGAGAACCGGCGCAGGAAACAACAGCAAAUGCGAGCACUGAUUGCCAGUAAGGAGGCGGAGUUGUCGAGGCUAACAACGUAUCAAAUGCAAAAAUGUCUGGGUCUGGAAGAUUACGGGAUUUGUCAUGCUAGUCCGGCAUGACUCUGAGCUCUGCCUGUCAUGCAAAAACGCAGUUUCUCAUGCGGAGUACGCAACUCUGAACCACGGAAAAACGUGUCAUGCUUGGCAGUGCAUUACAGUGUGCGCAUUUUUUCCUGACUUGCGUCACAAGUUUCCAGACCCAGACAUUUUUGCAGUUGAUACAAAGUAUUACGACAGUUUGGAGAAAGUAGAGCGGGAGCAGAAAGCCAUGAUCGAAAGGCUAAGCAACAACGACGUGUGAUUUAUUUCAGCGACAUCAAUAAUAUAGCGCCGAAAGGCAGUAGAGAUGAAACGGAAAAGAGCUCUGUCUAGAAUUUGUGUAGCCACUGAGCAGGUACAUGUACAAAGUUGUAAGCGAGGUUUUCUUUGAAU